GGUACCUGUUGCUCGGCACCCAAGCAUCUGGACUUCACUUUAGUCGGCUCGAAAUAUUUUAAAGCUGAGGUAUUCGUUCUCACCAACCGUUUUCUCUGUGUAUGUGUAUGUAUACUGACUUUGGAGGUUAUGUUCAUCUAACUUUAACCUAGUGCUUUAAACGUUAUUGUACUGUUUUUAUAAGUGCCAGUGUAGUGUACUUUAAUUUUUUAUUUUCGUGUUGGUACUGAUUUUCCGUGUACUUAUUGGAAAUCAAGUUUAUGGAAUUUUUAGGAUUGUAGCCUUCAGAAGGGUUACAAAAAUAAUGAUUUUUUAACUUAAAAUCAGAACAAAUUUCCACAAUGUUCGAUCAAUUACUAACAAGGAUAACAAGUCCUUCGGCAAGAAGACGCCACACAUAUCAUUGCCCUGAAGUCCAUUCGGACCCCGAGGACCAUGAGCCCGUUAUGACCCCCAGGAAGCCCAGAUUACUGGAAAGGAGAAAAAAAGGACGAAGAGUCCUGGAAAAUGGACUGCGACAAGCCAGAAGUUUGGGGAGAUUGGAUGGACUUAAAGAGGCUGAAAGGCUCGCUGAUUAUGGUAGGCUCCUGGGCGGUUCUCAGCCAGUUUUAGAUGGUAGAAGAAGGGAUUUAGAUAGAAUACAAGAUCUGUUCCCUAACGAUUAUUUGGGACUGCAUAUACCAGAACCUAACUCUUCUUAUAAUGUGAAAAACAAAUCGUUCAGAAAGAAGUCGAUGGGCGAUUUAACGUUGAUUGAGAACAACAACACCACAAAUUGUAACAGGGUUUUUCUCGUUGAGGCACCCUGUGCGAUGUCACCGCCAAGUCAAGCACUUAACGCCAAACCAAGGCAUCUAUUUUUGUUCUCCGAUUUGCUCUUGGUGGCUAAACCACGAUCAGCCGGUAAUUUUAAGCUUAAGGAAAGCGUUAGAGUGUCGGAAAUAUGGUUAGCACCUUGUCCCGAUUCGGAUACAGGGUUUUUAUUGGGGUGGCCCUCUCCUGCUAGGACAUAUUUGGUGACCUUCUGCACACAGGCAGCACGGGACUCUUGGUGGCGCGAAUUAAAACAAGCUUUGUCAGCACAGUUGAGGCUUGAACCACCAACAACGAACAUUAAAGUUGUCUACAGAGAUCCCUUAAGUGGGACAGAAUGCUCCAAAACUUUGGGUAUAGGUCCUGAGAUGUCUUCAGGGGAUGUAGCUAGGUUAGCACUGGAUGAAUCCAGAACCAACGAUUGGUCGUACACUCUAUAUGCAAGGGAUAAAGAUAGCCCACCUUGUCCUCUCAUGGGUUGCGAGAGACCACACUCCAUUCAACUAGCAAGAUUAAGACAAUCACUGUGCACAGAAGAGGGCUUCGAUUUAACCCACUGCAAUAACUCCAGAAUACCCAGUGAUAUAGUCUUCGAGUUAAAACCCAACAUAAAACCCUCACCCAGAAAAACACCGUUAAAACUAUUCCGCAAAACUACCUGUAGAUUCUUUGGUGUCCCCCUUUCAAGAUUACUUACGAACAAUAGUCUUCCACCCGUUAUACUAUCUUGUCUGAGAGCCUUAUUCCAAAGGGGCCCUAACACGCAAGGUAUAUUCAGAAGAUGUGCUUCAGCAAGAGCCUUAAGAGAAUUACGUGAAAAAAUCGAUGCUCAAGGCUCUGUAAUGUGCGAGGAAGUUUCGAAUCAACCCGCACUUCUAUUGGCAGCUCUUCUAAAGGACUUUUUGAGGAGUCUACCCGAACCUUUGAUAGCUGGAAAUGCACAAGAAUGGUUAAAUGUCGCCUCCAGUGGAAGAUUGGAGCAUCUGAGACGUCUUGUUUCUUUGUUACCCAGAGAGAACCACCUACUUUUGGCUAAUGUUAUAUGUGUAUUACAUAGCAUUGCUAAAAGGUCCAUAUAUAACCUCAUGUCAGCAGCUAACUUAGGUGUUUGUGUUGGUCCUAGUUUGCUUUGGGAAUCAUCUCAAAACGCACCUUUAAGAACCCUACCAACUCUUGUGGAGAUGUUAAUCAAUAAUUGUCAAACUCUAUUUGGAAACCAGGUUUUGUCGUUACUCGGGGAAGUACAGAAUGAUAGCGGAGCCGAGGAAUCUGACAGUUUACACUCACUCGGACUAUCUCUGGAUAGUGUCGAGCUGAGCAAAGACCAGAAAUCCCUAUCCCGCGAUUCAGGCUUAACCUUAUCCGAAGACGACCGGGAAUCCCCGAGCCUAAACUACCAAACGCCAUCUUUCCAUCGAUCUGAUUGGGCCCGGCAGGCUGCGCGCAUGCGCUCUUUGGAUAACACCUGGAUAGAAGAAGAUGAAGCGUUUUGCGCGUCAAACGAAAAUUUGUGUUCGCCGCCCAUCCCUCCCAGACGCCCGCCGCCAUUGAGGCACCUACCGCCCGUCCAUUUGCCGCCCCUUUACAGACCUCCACCCCCGCCUCCGCCCACCUACGCCACUGCCAGGCUUUUGCUUGUCACUGACGCGGAAAGUGAGAGUUAUGUUUAAGAAAAAUUGCAAAAGUUUUUUUGUUAUAGUACAAAAUUUUUAGUGGCCUUAAUAUGCGGUAUAAUUCACUUCAAGUGUUUGGUACUUAUUCGAGUAAAUAAGAUUUACUUAAAUGCUUUAAAAAGUUAUAGUAUUGUUAAUUGUAUUCAGUAAAAGUCUGAUUUUGUACAUAUUUAUUGAUAAAAGUAGUUUUUCAAUUCUCAAUGAUUGGAAAUUUGUAUAUUUAAUUUCCAGUUUUUUUGGAAACAAUUGUAAAUUUUGUAACUUGUAAAAAUGAAUUGCGCAGCACUGUUUUUAAGGGUUGCGCCAUUAAUUAUUUAGUUUUAAGAAAUGCCAUUUUCUCAAAACCUAGUAUGUAGGUAACAAUGUAGCCUUAGAUAAUGUUUAAAACAGAUUUUUAUAAAAUUUAUAUGGGUAAUCUUUGUACAUACUUAAUUUCUAGAAUAAAAAUAUAUAUUCCAUAAUAAAA